AUGGCGGUAUGCAGUUACGAUACGCAUGAAGAAGACCCUUAUGACGACGAUUAUCUGCUGUGCUUCGGGCUGUUUACUAUCACUACUGCAGCAAAAUUUUUCUCGUGCUAUUUUUUCGUCAUAUGUCUACUGGUAUCUGGACUUAACUUCCUCGCGUUUGGUUUUGACCACACGUGGUUUUCCAUUUUUUGUGUAUUGUUCACAGUAUAUUCGAUCUCAACACUGUACGGUGUAUUUCUUGAGAAGAAACUCUUUCUCCUUCCUUUCAUCUGCAUUCAGGGACUGUUUACGGUUAUCGUUUCUCUUUUGACGCUCGCCUUGUCCGUCAUUGGUGUUGCAACAAAUGCAAUUCAAAAACAUCACGAAGACUCACAACAGCUAAGAGAUCUCUAUUACCAGUACAAUCUCGACCCGGAUGACGAGAUUACACAAACGAUUGCUGCAUGGUCCGUGUUGGUGGUGUUACUGUCCAUACUUGGAAUUUCAUCGUUCUCAUGGUGGGUCAUCUACCAGACAUAUCGAAUUUAUGCUUCACGUGAUCGGAUCGAUCGCACUGGAUACUGCCAAGGAGUACCUACAACCGAACACCUGUGA